CCGCGGUCGGUUUAGUGCGGUGGAUCAAGUUCAGCAAGCAAUAGCGCGCGCGCAUCUCGAAGACGAGGCGACAGUUCGCAGUCAAUUCGAAGCCCCAAAAUUCUAGCAGCGAAUCAAAUCAACGUACCACAUUGUGUGUGAUAUAGCGCUGUCUGGUUUACACGGAAGAACGCUAAGACCUAAGACAUCAACCGUUUGCAGCUCAACAUUCUUUCGACAGCCACCGGUCCGGUUUCGGCGCGUGUGAGAUAUAGCUUUGACGUGCAAAGUGAAACGCUUGUGGAGAAACAAAACACGUACUCAAACUAAAAUCAAGCAAGAAGCAAGGGGGGGAGUGUCGAAGAAGUGCCGGUGUGCCGUGUUGUGCCAACGUGUAAAAAUGAGUGGAGGAUUCUUCUUUGAGCACAUCGUCGAGUUCCUGCUUCCCAAGCAGCAAACCCAGCAGGAAGCCGAUGUGGCGAAGCUUGCGGCCCAGUCCGUGGUGAAGAAAUAGUUCGAAGUUGAUUAUAUACUGUUUAGCCGGGUUUUUAACCGGAACCGCAAAAUUUGGUGUACAGUUAAAAAGUGUAAGACCACAAAAAGUCUUACCAGAGAUAGCACGAAGUGUGAAGUAAAGUGUCUAGACUCCCCGAAGCAAAAACAUGUUGAAGAAGUACGUGCUCAAACUGACCAACACGAUCGGUACGGUCGACUAUCUGAAGCGUCGUUCAUCCACACCGACCGAAGUGAUCCGCCAGCAGCAGCAGCAGCAGCAGCAUCAACAGCAACAGAACCACCAACAGCAAGAAAACCUUUCUGCGUCGCAGAAAGGCUUGGGCAGGUUUACGCGCAAUGGGCGGAAAUGUUUGCGGCGCCGGUUCUCGAGCAUUUCGUCCGCGGACAGUGGCAUCCUGGAGGAGAUCGAUCAGGAGGACGAACUGCAGGCCCAGCUGCAGCAGCGCCAGGAGCAACAUCUUCUGCAGCUUAAGGAGAAGCAACUGCUCGAAGAACUGCAGGAGCAUGAUUCCGCGCUAACGACACCCACGUCCGAGGAAACGGACGAUGAUCCUCCGACGGCUGCUGCCCGGCUGCCGACCACGCUCGACACGACGCUGCUGGCUGUGCCGGUAGCGCAGAUCAUUAUCUCCACCGCAAUAGCAGAACUCCGGACCGCACUGCUGUUCUAUCCAUGGUUCCACGGCAAUCUGUCCGCUAAGGAGGCGGAAAAGCUUAUCCUAGAACGCGGCAAGAAUGGUUCGUUUCUAGUGCGUGAAUCUCAAAGCAAGCUCAGUGAUUUCGUGCUUUCGGUCCGCGCGGACGACAAGGUGACGCACGUCAUGAUUCGAUGGCAUGAAAAAAUGUACGACGUCGGCGGUGGGCAAAAGUUUGCAACCUUGUGCGACCUGAUCGAACACUACAAGCGCAACCCGAUGGUGGAAACGUGCGGUACCGUCGUCCAUCUGCGGCAACCGUUCAACGCGACGCGCAUCACCGCGGCCGGCAUCAACGAUCGGGUCGAGCAGCUGCAGCGCGAAAACGGUGGCCAAUCGUACGGCAAGGGCGGGUUCUGGGAGGAGUUUGAAUCUCUGCAGCAGCAGGAAUGUCGGCACACGUUCUCGCGCCGCGAAGGCCAGCGGAACGAGAACCGGGCCAAGAAUAGAUAUAAGAACAUUUUACCAUUUGAUCAUACGCGCGUGAAGCUGAAAGAUGUGGACAGCUCGGUACCGGGUGCCGACUACAUUAAUGCCAACUACAUCCGUCAACCGACCGAGGCGGAACAGUACGAUAUGAGCUCGUCGUCGGAAAAUCUAGCCCAGCCGCAGAAUGGUUGCGGAACACAACCAAACGCCACCAACAAUAAUGGCACCAAUGGCAGUAGCAACAUCUCGCCGGGCUACGGUGCCGGCCAGCCGACGAAAAACUGUUCCAGCUGCCAGCUGCUCAACAAACCCUGCUCCCAGUGCUCCCAGAAGGCCAACAGUGAGAUGAAACACAAACGCAACGAAUCGAUCACGUCCCGGAUGCAGUUGCAGCAACAAUCAUCACCCCACAAGCGGGACGAGAAGGACCUGUUCAAGACGUACAUCGCGACGCAGGGCUGCCUGAGCAACACGAUACAGGACUUCUGGAACAUGAUCUGGCAGGAGAACACGCGCGUCAUCGUCAUGACAACCAAAGAGAUGGAGCGGGGCAAGAAGAAGUGCGAAAAGUAUUGGCCCGAUCCGCAGCAGAGCAAAGAGUGGGGCCAUGCACGGGUGCGGUGCCUGAGCGAGACGAGCACCGCCGACUACACGCUUCGCGAGUUCCUGCUAUCGUGGCGUGGACAGGAGGAUCGCAAAAUCUACCAGUACCACUUCCAGGUGUGGCCGGACCACGGUGUACCGGCCGAUCCGGGCUGCGUGCUGAACUUCCUGCAGGAUGUGAACACGCGCCAGGCUCAGCUGCAGCUGGAAGGAGUGACUCCCGGUCCUAUCUGUGUCCACUGUUCGGCCGGUAUCGGACGCACCGGAACGUUCAUCGUGAUCGAUAUGAUUUUGGAUCAAAUUCUGCGUCAAGGACACGAGUGUGAAAUUGACAUCCAGCGAACGAUUCAGAUGGUGCGCUCGCAGCGGUCCGGCAUGGUGCAGACGGAAGCACAGUACAAGUUCGUCUACUUUGCCGUCCAGCACUACAUCCAGACGCUGCUGCAGCGGAAGCAGGCCGAAAAGCAGAGCCUGCAGGUGGGCCGCGAGUACACCAACAUUAAAUAUGCAUGCGACUCGAAUGAUCUGCAGCGAACCCAGCUACCCCCAUCGCUGUCAACACUAAGCUUAAACACAAGACAAGACUUGCAGAACAAUCGUAUGCAGCACAACCACACUAUUAGAUCUACGUCUGACUCACAGCUACCAUUACCAAGAACUGUGAACGAUUUAAACAACUCAUUAUCAGUAUAUGAGAACAUUCGUGUACCACCGCCAACACCACCGAGAAAAUCAUGACAAAUGGAUUUUUAAACACCCCACUUUGCAUAAAUAAGGACAAAUGCUGUGAAAAUCAUGUGAAAACCAACCACCCCUCGUUUCUCCCAUUUACUAUGGACAAGCUUUCCAUAAACCUAUACCUUCCCCGCCCCCCGCUAACCUCCCUCGGGCUGUUCCUGGCCCUGCGUCCGUAUUGCAUUGAUGUGCAGUUCCCAGUUGCACAAUUGGCGCGAACUCCAGCUUGGCGCAGAGCAUAGUUUCGUAGAGUAGAAGCAGCGGAAACAAAGUGCUGUAUGUGAUGAUGCGUAGGGCAAGCUGCUGCUAAAAUGGUACAAUUGUGAUGUGUUUGUUGCUCUGCUUUACGUCUGACUGUGCGAGACAUUCAACUCCGAACAGCGGCACCCCCGACGAAGCUAACUGAAAAAUACAACACACAAUAACAGGAGAGGAGAGAGCAUUGGGAUUAGGUUACGUUUUAGUGCUUCAGUUUUAAGAACUAUACACCGUUGCAUUUCUGUGCCCGUACAGUGCAUCGUCGUGCUGGCGUUUGGAAGCGGCAACGAAAGAUGCUGAUGUGUCGUGCUUCUUCUGCGUAGGAUUCCUUUACUUUUCGGUUCGAUCUUUGUAAUUUACAACAUUUGUAUCAAGCAAACGUUCAUACAUGUGUUUAAAAAAAAGAUAUACCUGUUCCUGCCCAGCAGCAGCACGUUGGCGCUGGCAUACAUACAACAGAUAACUGAUGAAAACAGAUCCCCGUCGUAGCAUAGCGUUGUAAGACCUCUAUAUAUGUAUGUAUGUAUGUAUGUGUGUGUGUAUUUGUAAAGGGUAAGGCAUUAGAAUAGAACAGAACAAAUUAUUCAGAAAGCAACCCCUACAAGAAGAUGCAGAUAGCCAGUACCUUUCAACCUUUGACUAUUGGAAAUAAUGCAAAUCAAAUCAGUGUGGUGCCACUGUAACUGCAACCGAAAUAGACUUCUAUUUUUAUAAAUUAACAAACAAACAAAGCUACACAAACCUUACAAAGAGCGAGAGAGAGAGAGAGAGAGAGAGAACAGCAUACUUGUUGCGUGAACACUAUUCAAAAAAACGAGAUUAUGAUAGAAACUGAAAUACAGGAAGAGUCCUCUACACCGUAUGUGUGUGUGGUAGCAGAAGGAUGAAAUUAUGGAAUGGUUAAAUACAUAUAAAAUUCUAAGCCAAAGGAGGAGGAAAGAUAUCCCGUGGGGGGGGGGGUGCUAACCCCCGCCAGAUUUGUUGAUAGAUUGCGAGAUGCCUAGCGAAAGGAACAUCAGGACCAGAAGAACUCACAAAAGACAUGAUCGAACAGCACGCGAAAGCAAACAGAAGAAUAGAUACAUUGUGCGUUCGUUGCAUCCAGAAACGAAAGCACCGAUUUUUUUUUAAACUAUCACUACAUCGUAUUUGCGAGCCGGUAAAUUUAUUGUUGUUAGCAUUAUAUACUACUACUACGACUACUGAUACUGCUGCUAGUACUGCGAUUACUAGAGCUACUACAACCAGGGGAGUGCUAGUAAGGGAAGGGUAGUGGUGAGACCCUUUGUUUGCUUUCUAACUGUCGAACAACAUAUAUGCUAGUGAUGGGAAUAACCACUCAGUACCGUGAAUUAAAUCAGAGUGAACGAGUUAGUGUAGUGAGUUAAAUCUCAUACUCACUCUUAAAGAGUUGUUUGAACUCCCCGUACCGACGAACCACUCACUCACUGUGUUUAAACUCACUCACUAUGUUUUACUCACUUGUGAGAUAAUUAUCGGACUUUAUACUGCAGGACCGGGGUUCAAAUCUCAUCUGGACCGUUCCCGCCCAUAGUGAGGACUGACUAUUCAAUUAUACGGCAAAAGUAAGGCGAGUAAACCUGAUAUGGCAAGCAUGUUCUUAAGAAGUCGUUAGCUCAAGAAAGAAGAAAAAGUAGAAGAGUUAAAUAUCGAUUCAAUAAAUUAAAACACCUUGGCAAGAUGAUGAAAUGCGAUGUUAAACUCACGAGUGAGUUAAAACGUGGUGAGUGAGUUAAAUCGUUCUUAGUGAGUUAACACGUUGUGAGUGAGUAGUUAGUCGGCUCGGAGAGCGUACUCAACCGUACGUGAGUAGAAAUUACUCUUAGUUCAGCUAGGAUUUAUCUCAUUCACUCAUUCUGACUCUGUUUGCCCAUCACUUAUAUAACCCUCUACCGUGUAAACCAACUGGCUAUCUCUCUGUAGAAGGUUCCCGCCAAGAAAAGGCUUCCGACGUUAAGCUACUACCGACCGGCAGGAAGCUGUCGAGAUAUUGCUUUAGAAAUGUGUUGUGCGAUCUACUUUUUCAAAAAACAGUCGUCUAUAUUCCCGCGCUUACGCAUGCCGAUGGUAGACGCGAUAGAGGCGCCGGUCUUCACACGGCAGGACCGGGGCUCAAAUCCUUUCUGAGCCGUUCCCCCCAUAGUGAGGAUUGACUAACCAACUAUGCGGCAUCCAAUAAGGCAUGCCGUUAAGAGGUCGUUAGGCCUAGAAAGAAGAAGACCAAGAAGAAGAUUCUCCGGUUUUUUUGUCUUCUUCGCAUCAAACAUUAUAGCCCUUGUGAUUUAUUUUAAUUCGUUUUGCUUACAGAGUAUGUCCAUUGUUUUGAAUGUGUUUGGUCCAUUCGGUCCGCCUCCCGCCAACUUUCUACCUUAUUCUUAAUGCUUAACCCAGUUUUUGUUAUACUACUACUUGUUAAAUAGUCAGUUUUACCAACAAAUCAGUCUUAAAUCAUUUUUAUCGGAUUUGAAACUUUAUAUAGAACGUUAGACGUUAUCAGAGUGUAAUCUUCGUGAAUGGAAAAACGAAAAAUAAAAACGAAAAUCGUGUAAGGCGGAACAGUAACGAAGAGAAGACGAAAAAGAAACCCUAAAGCUGUGUAUGUGAUGUAGCGUUAAAACAAACGACAAACACAGAGACAUUUACCGGCACACAACGUCUUACGGGAAGUGGAAGUCGAACAUUAUGUUUCGCUUUCACAAUGUGUGUUUUUUGUUUGUUUGUUGGUAUUUUAAUUUUCUUUUUCCACAUCUCACUCUUCCGGUUACGGAUGUGGAAAAUCCUGAAUCGCUUGCGAACUCACGAGGAAAAAGCGAGCGAAAGGCGAAAAAUUGAGUAACGAGAGUGAAAGGAAAACUAAACAAACAAAAACAAACGAAUCAUUAAAAAAAAAGUAAAAGUCUACUACUACAUCCAAAUAUGAAUAAACAAAUAUGAGGAAAUAAAUAAAAAAGCCCCUUUAGUCUCAGCAUCAGCAGGUUGAAGGAGCGAAAUGAUUCGUCGUGCGAUGGUAAACUAUGGUCGUACUCAGCGCGCGAGGACACCAAUUAAUUGGAACGGAGAAGAAGUACUAGCUGUGAGACCGAUAGGCACACAAACAAACAGUUAAACACACACA